CUGCAGUUCACCAGAAGCUCCUGACGUAUAACAGCAUUUGGGCCGUACUUGAUCAACGUUGAUAUCUCUUCGCGAGCUUGAGAUUACUUUUGUCGCAACGAAAUUCUGUAGACUCCAAUCAGAUCCGAUUCCCAUUCUUCCUUGUUGCUGCAUCGUUGUUGCCGAAACAUCAUGACCGUCAGCAAGAAACAAACUGUCGUUGUUAAACUAAAGCGAAGGGACCGCGAUCAGCCUUGGGGCUUUCGUAUAGCUGGUGGUGUUGAUUUAGGGACACCUAUCAUCGUCACCCGGUCGGAGAAUGAAGACCUCCUCAAGGGUGACGUGAUAAAGAAAAUCGACGACUACGACGCCAGAGAUGUGCGUCACGUCGACGCGCAGCAUCUCCUCCAAAAGUCUGAAUCUGUUAAGCUUGUUGUCGAAAGAACCAAGAUACCGCAGCCGACAAAAAUAUUACCGAAAAGUCCGGUUCCUCCGCCUCUGGCACAAGAGGAAUGCAACAGUCGGUAUUCAAAGGAAUCGUUCGAUCUGCCCCACGAACACAUGGACGAGGUUCGAGCUGAGCGCCAUUAUCUUUACCAGCCUUAUCGCACAACACCGUUGGUGUUGCCCGGAGCAAAGGUCAAGAAAGACGCACCCCUCGGAGAGUGUUAUCUGCGUCAUCAUCCCAACCCGAUGAUCAGAGCCGCGCCUCAUCAUUACGAUGCGCCACUGCCUGAGGUGGCAAUGAAGCAAAAAGUUGCAGAAACAGUGCUGCAGCGAGUGUUGGGACCAAAUGAUGUUCCAAAGGUUGUUCAUAAGCAAUUCAAUUCCCCUAUUGGACUCUACUCCGAACAAAAUAUCGCAGACACCAUCAAAUGUCAAACUUCGGCUGUUCCCUUGAAGAGGGGGCCAGUCAAGUAUGACCCAAGCAAAAGCGAAGCGUACAAGGCUCUUCAGGAAGAGGCCCUCGGAGAUGUUGUACAGGAAGUGAGACAGCCGGCCCGCACCGGGGUUUUCUCGCCACAUAAGGCAAACCAAAGCAAGGUCUACCAGCCUGUUUCCAAGAACUCAGGUGCUGCAUACGCUGGAUUGCAUAGACGUCCCUUCCCUCUUCCUUUCGUUAAGGAUCACGUCAACGACUUCUAAUAUUAUUCACAGAUUUGUCAACUCCUUAAAUGACUCUUCCGAGACGAUCCAUCAAAGUGGCAGCUUCAAGAGGAUUAUGUACAGUGUGCUUGGGCAGACUGAUUAUUAAAUUCAUUUUGCCGAUGUUAUACGGUUAACUUAUUAUUCACCCGAAGACGCAUAUAACACUUGACUUUAUCGAAUUACAAUGAUUAGGAACAAGGAAAUGAGGUCCAUACCCUCCGACUACUGUAAUAGCGUAUUGUGAAGUUGCGAAUUGAAAUAUACCUAUACUUAUAAGUACAUCGGUGAAUGUA